ACGGCAAUACUAAAACAAACAAAUACCUAACAGCCCUGAAAAAGUGCCGGUCAUUUAAUAAUUGGAAAUUGUUCAGCAACGUUCAAAAAUUGUAAAAAACUUAAAAAAAUAAAAUAAAAGUAAAAAUGUCGACCUGGACACCAUUGGAAUCUAACCCCGAGGUUUUGACCAAGUAUAUACGCAAGCUGGGCGUGUCGCCGUCUUGGUCGGUGACUGACGUCAUAGGCUUGGAGGAUGAGAUGCUUGAGUGGAUACCACGUCCAGUGAAGGCUUUAAUAUUGCUCUUUCCAUGCAGCGAUGCGUAUGAGAAGCAUCGCUCUGAAGAACAUGAGCGCAUCAAGGAUGUAGAGGAACAGCAUCCCAGUGACCUUUUCUAUAUGCGUCAGUUUACCCACAAUGCGUGCGGUACUGUGGCUCUUAUUCACAGUGUGGCCAACAAUAAGGAAGUGGAUGUAUCUGGCGGUGUCUUAAAGAACUUCUUGGAGAAAACACUGGCCCUCUCGCCCGAGGAUCGUGGCAAGGCAUUGGAAGAGGACAAAGAAUUUACAGCUGGCCAUCAGGAACUAGCACAGGAGGGUCAAACUAAUGCAUCCGAACAUGAGAAGGUUAUUCAUCACUUCAUUGCGUUGGUCAACAAAAAUGGAACCCUCUAUGAACUAGAUGGUCGCAAAUCCUUUCCCAUCAAGCAUGGUGAGACCUCUGAGGAGACAUUUGUCAAGGAUGCAGCCAAGGUUUGCAAAGAAUUUAUGUCCCGUGAUCCGAAUGAGGUGCGUUUCACCGUCUUGGCUCUAACUGCUGCGCAGGAUUAAGAGUCUCCGAUGCGUUUAAACCGAUCCCUUAGGAUCGUCUACCCAUAUUACUCAUAACUAUUUACAUAUAUAUAUAUAUUUAUGGUUAAAAGCGCUUAAAGCCUGCUCUUGAACUGAUUUUCCGAUACUGAUUCAUCAUACAUCAAAAAGCCAUCAAAUGGUUCAACCCAUCUUAGCCCAAAAUAAAGAGCCUUCAGAAAAAAUUACUCGAAUGCCAUUAUGUUAACGAUCUCGUCAGAUUUAUAUUUAUGUCUUGAAAGCGUUAGAAGGACCGCUCUUUGGGACAUUGAAUCAACAUGCAUUUAACCAACGACAUAAUUAACCCAGAACUGCUAAAAUUAUUCAUAUUUAUUUAAUAUUCGAAAAAAAAAAACAAUUGUAUUGGAAACAUUUAUGUUUAUAAUUAAAGAAUUGCAUUAAAUGCUUGAGCAUAUGAA